AGUUUUCUGAGUUGUGAUUUCAUGUUUCUCUUCUUGUGCCUAGGAUAUGUCUGCAUCAGGUGGAGUUCUCUGCAAACAAUGAUGUUUAGAUAAACUCAGUGAUAUGACUCUCCAGGAAUUGGUUCAUCAGGCUGCCUCUCUUUAUUCAGAUAAGACAGCUGUAUGUUUUGAUAAAUGUAACAACCAGCCUCCAGAAUAUUACACUUAUAAAACUGUGGUUACUGUUGCUUCAGAAUUAUCACAUUUUCUGUUAUCACAAUGUGACUUUCAAGGAAUUCGGGAAAUUGGACUCUACUGUCAUCCUGGAAUAAACUUACCUUCUUGGAUUUUAGGAAUUCUCCAGGUCCCUGCUGCUUAUGUGCCUAUUGAUCCAGAUUCACCACCCACAUUUUCAGCACAUUUCAUGAAAAAAUGUAACCUGAAAUUUAUUCUUGUUGAAAAACAGCAAGUCAAUACAUUCAGAUCUUCCUUUGAAAGAUUGUUGACCUGUGAUAUAACUACACUAGAACAUAAAGACCUAGUACUCUUGAAACUACACUGGAAGAAUGUUGAGAUGAGCUUGGAAUUAAAUGGUAGAAAAGGAAGAUAUGAGAAAGAAAAACUUGUGGACAGUAUAAGUGUUGAGAACAGCCAUGAAGAAAAGUUUGAAGAGUACAUGGAUGCAAGGCAAAAGGAGGGUUUGGCUUAUGUGCUCCAUACUUCAGGCACUACUGGGACCCCUAAGAUCGUCAGAGUACCUCAUGCAUGUAUCAUGCCAAACAUCAAUCAUUUUCGGGAAAUUUUUGAAGUCACACAAAAUGAUGUUUUGUUUCUGGCUUCACCUUUGACAUUUGACCCUUCUGUGGUGGAAAUAUUUGUUGCUCUAACAAGUGGUGCAUCUCUGCUUAUUGUACCAACUUCUGUCAAAGUGCUUCCAACAAAAUUAGCUGCUGUGCUUUUUUCCCGUCACAGAGUGACAGUUUUGCAGGCAACACCAACUUUGCUUAGAAGAUUUGGGUCUCAGCUUAUCAAGACUACAGUUUUAUCCACCAGUACUUCUCUACGGGUUUUAGCCCUUGGUGGGGAAGCAUUUCCUUCACUGGCUAUACUCAAGAGCUGGAGAGGAGAAGACAAUAAAACACAAAUAUUUAAUAUUUAUGGUAUCACAGAAGUAUCAAGUUGGGCAACUUUUUACAAGAUUCCAGAGAAGAUUCUUAACUCUCCUAUGAAACAACAUGAAAUGCCUGUACCACUAGGAUUUCCUCUACUUGAAACAGUAAUUGAAGUCAGAGAUGUUAAUGGUUUCACAAUUCAGGAAGGCAUUGGCCAACUAUUUUUAGGUGGCAGAAACAGAGUAUGUUUUCUGGAUGAUGAAAUGAUAGUGCCAUUUGGCACAAUGAGAGCCACAGGAGACUUUGUGACUGUGGAAGACGGAGAGAUGUUUUUCUUGGGACGGAAGGACAGUCAGAUCAAACGUCAUGGGAAACGCCUUAACAUUGAACUUGUACAGCAGGUUGCUGAAGGAAUUGAGCAAGUGGAAUCUUGUGCUGUAACAUGGUAUAAUCAGGAAAAGUUAAUUCUGUUCUUGGUGUCCAAAGCUGAUAUAGAGAAGGACUACAUUUUUCAAGAACUACAGGAGCAGCUUCCAAGUCAUGCAAUCCCUGAUGAGCUUGUGCCAAUAGAUGUGCUACCAUUUACAUCUCACGGCAAAAUUGAUGUUUUAGAACUAAAUAAGAUUUAUUUGGACUACGUAAACUUGAAGUCUGAGGCUAAAUUUAAUGGAAAAGAGGAACUAUGGGAAAAACUACAGCAUUUGUGGAAGUCUAUUCUGAAUCUCUCAGAAUAUCCUUUGAAGAGUUCUGAUGAGUCAUUCAUAAAUAGUGGUGGCGAUUCUUUAAAGUCCAUACGGCUCCUCAGUGAAAUUGAGAAACUUGUUGGCACAUCAGUACCUGGGCUUCUAGAAAUUCUUCUUACCAGUUCCAUUGUAGAAAUUUACAAUCAUAUUGUUCGAACAGUGUAUCCAGGUGAAGAACUGAAAUUUAGCAAGACUUGUGCCACUAAAAGAAAAUUCAGCAAUGUGGAUCAAGAGGAAAACACUAGUAAAUCUUUACAUAGUAAAACAGCUCUGCCUUUGUGUUCUGAUGGUGGUGAUGGCCAGAUAAAUUCCUUCAUUGCACUAAGCAGAGGAAGUCAGAUUUUGUCAAGGAGCACCACUGGUAUUUUCACCAAAUCAGGGCAGUGCCCAUCUACCCACACUUCUGAUUUAACUUCACAGACAAACACUCAGACUGUACAAGACUUCAGUUCUCCAGCUCUUCUUGCCAAGUUACAAGAGCCACCUUGUACUGUCAAAAUUUUUGAAGAGAGAAUACCUAAGUCAGAGGUCAAGCAGAUGGAGUUCCAUGUGAGGUGGAGGUCAGACACUGGCAAAUGUGUAGAUGCCUCACCUCUGGUGGUAAUUUCAAGUGCUGCCUCAUCAUCUGCAACUGUGUACAUUGGCUCUCAUUCUCAUACAAUGGUGGCAGUCGACCUUUAUUCUGGGAAAGAGAAGUGGAAACAGGUUUUAGGAGAUCGAAUUGAAUCCUCAGCAUGUUUAUCUAAGUGUGGAAACUUUAUUGCAAUAGGCUGUUACAAUGGGUCAGUUUAUGUUCUGAAAAGUAAUAGUGGAGAAAAGCACUGGGUAUUUACAACUGAGGAUGCUGUCAAAAGCUCAGCUGCGCUGGACCUGUCCACAGGACUCCUGUAUAUUGGCUCUCAUGAUCAGCAUGCAUAUGCUCUGGAUGUUUAUGCAAGGAGGUGCAUUUGGAAGUCAAAGUGCGGAGGAGCCAUCUUUUCUUCUCCUUGUGUGAGCCUGACUCCACAUCACGUGUAUUUGGCUACACUGGGUGGACUCUUACUGGCUGUAAAUCCUGCCACUGGGGAUAGACUUUGGAAACAUGACUGUGGAAAGCCACUCUUCUCUUCUCCUUGCUGUUGCCUAGAGUAUAUCUGUAUUGGCUGUGUCGAUGGGAAUUUACUCUGUUUCACUCACUUUGGAGAAAAGGUUUGGCAAUUCUCUACCAGUGAACCAGUCUUUUCAUCACCAUGUGCUUCAGCAUCAGAGCAAGAAAUAAUUUUUGGUUCCCAUGACUGCUUUAUCUAUUGUUGUAGUAUGAAAGGUCAACUCCGGUGGAAAUUUAAAACUACCUCAAGGGUGUAUGCAACGCCAUUUGUUUUCCAGAAUCACAGCAGUGACUGGUUGGUGGCCACAGCCUCCACUGAUGGUAAACUGUGGCUCUUGGACUCUCGAAAUGGAGGAUUGUGGGGUGUGCAUCAACUUCCGGGAGAAGUCUUCUCUUCUCCUGUGGUCUUCAAAUCAAUGCUUGUCGUUGGAUGCAGAAAUAACUUUAUUUAUUGUUUGGAUUUAUUGUGCAGCAAUUAG